GGGGUUUUUCGCCAAUAAUGCAUUGGCAGUUAUUAUUGAUCAUGAUGAUGGUGGUGGCCAAAUUAAUAUUGGCAAACAACAAUACUGUUGAUCAAGAAGAAUUUGAACAACCAAUAUUAACACUUACAAAUGCUAUCAAUAAAAUCGAUUGUGGUCAACAUUAUCUAAAUGAAACUGUUGGUAUAUCAACUAUUGGUUUCGAUGUUUAUCAAAUUAUUUAUAAUCAUUCUGCAAACAAUCUUUGGAUUAUUGUCUAUCCAAAUCGAUCAGCCGAUCUAUCAACAAAUUAUAAUCAUCAUCAUCAAUCAUUAUGGUCACUAAAUCUUAUCGAUGGUUAUCUAUUUAUUUUUAAAGAAUUCACAACAAAUAGAUUGGAACGAAUGUUAAUGGAACAAUUCAAAUGGAAAGAACAAAAAGAAAUCGAACAAAAACCAGAAAUUCGAAUCAUAAUGGGUUAUACAAAAAUGACUGGCUAUAUAUUUGAUUCAUAUAUAACAUAUGAUCGUAUUGAAUAUCGAUUCGGUUAUUAUGAAACAAUCGGUGGUUAUAAUGAUGUUAUCAUAAUGAAAAUGAAUCAUACGACAAUUAUAACAUUGAUUUCAUCAAAUUGUGGCCAAUUAUUUCAAUUAUAUUAUGACCAAACGACAUCACAGGUGUCAUUAUAUCGUAGACAAAAAAGACAGAAAUUACAAUUACAAAUAUAUCUGCAUACAUUUUAUUCACGUACAAAACAAGGAUAUUAUUUCAGCCUGAAUAAAGAUGCAUUGAGUGUUGAUAAUAGAAAUUCAUGGUAUGAAAAUCAAGAUAAAUUAUUCAACAAUCAAUGGCAAUAUGGAUUCACUAUGGACAGUGUAGUGAUUGAAAAAAAUGAAAGUGAAAAAAUUUUAUUUCUUGUAUCCAGUGAUAAAAUAUUGGCUGUAAAUGAAUUAUUAUUAUUUGAUUUAAAAGGUGAAAAAAUGUACAACAUUCAUUUGAUGAAAUUCAAUGAUUAUUUUCAUUGUAUAUGGUCGAAAAUUAUGGAUAUAAAUCAUGUAAUGAAUCGAACAAAUCGAAUGGGUGAAUAUCUCAAAAUUAUCAUCUUUAUAUUAACAUUAAUCAUUUUAUUGGCUGUUAUGAUAAGCAUAUUGAUUGCUUUAUAUAAUUAUCGACGAUCAUUAGAUCAGACAACAACAACAACAACUAUCGAUUAUUAUCCAAAUAAAUAUCGAUUAUCGGAAACAAUUUCUUUGAAAACAAUCGAUACUAUCGAUACAUUUGUUGAUAGAAGUAAAAUGAAAAAUAAUCAUCAUCAUCAGAAAAUUAAACAACAACAACGACAACCAAUAAAAUGUGGUAUCAAUUAUCUACAGAAAACAAUUGGUUUAUCAAUAACUGGUGGUUAUUUAUAUCAAUUUUUAUAUAUAAAUCAAACAAUAAAGAUUAUCAUCUAUGAUCCAUAUAAAUCAAUUUUAAUUGACAAGAAAAAUAAUAAUAAUUAUCAAUUGAAUCUAAUUGAUGGACAAUUAAUGACAAAUGGAAUCGAUGACAUUAUUAAUGAUCAUACAAAUGUGGUAAAGAAAUUGAUAGGAAUAUUUCAAACGGAUGAACGUAUUGAAAAAAAGAUGAUUAAAAUUAUUAAUGAUGAUGAUCAUGAUGAUCAUCUUAAUCAAACAAUAAUGAGUAUAUCAAUGUCCAUUAAUGAUAAUGGAAAUAUACGUAUAUAUUGUCUUAAAACCUAUAAUGGUUAUCGUUAUCUGAUUGGUGAUUAUGGCCAAGAAAUUGAUUCGGAUAAUGUUAAAAUAUUUUUUGGUGAAUACAUACAUCGGCCAAAUGUUAUGGGCACUGUUUCGGUCGGUAAUAAUGGUAUUAUUAUAUAUUUUUAUAAUCAAAAAUCAUUUAGUUUGAAUAUUGCAAAAUUAACAACAAAACAUUAUGGUGUUUCUGGUAUAUAUGAUUGGACUAAAAUACUUUACAUUGAUCCAGAAAAUCAUCAAAAAUUUAUUGUUUUUAAUGGUUUUGCUUCGAGAUCAAAACAACAGCAUAAUUAUGAAUUUAAUCAUCAUUUAUUAAAUAAUAGUGUAUUUACAUUUGCCAUUAUAUUAAUACUUGGACCAUUAAUGAUAAUUAUAUUGAUUGCUUGUUAUCGUAAUUGGAAAUUUUGUUAUUUACAUUCAAAAUUAUCACAACGAAUACGACGAUUAUCACAGCGAAAAUCAUGGCGAAUAUAUUGUGAUUAUCAAGAUCGACAACAAGAAUCUACAAGUAGAAGAUUAUCAACAUUGGAUCAAUUGAAAUUUUUGAAUAUUAAUUAUGAAAAUAAAACACAUAUUACAAUUGUUGCUAUCGUUUAUCGAUUGAAACAAGUUAACGAAGAUUCAGCUAACAACAAUACGACCGAUAGAUUAGAAUUUAUUGCCAAUCUUUAUGCAGAUAUUGAUGAUGAUAAUAAAAAUCCUGGUGAUGAUCUAGUUAUUGACGAAAAAGACAACAAUAAUAAUAAACAUUAUCGAUUAAUAUCGAUUAUUAAACCAAUACCAAUGACAAUGGAACAAAUAAAACGUAUGAAUGAAAUGAUAAAACGUUUAUUCAAUGAAAUGUUUACAUAUGCAAAAGAAUUAGGAUGGUCACCAUUAUCGAAUGAUGCAGAUGAUUUUAUUCCAAGUGGUCAAAAAUAUUUAAACAAUACAAUCGGUAUAUCAAUGACCAGUAAUGGUAAUGAUGGUGAUGGUGAUAAUGUUUAUCAUCAUCAUGAAAUUAAUCAUACAAUUAGCCUAAAUAAUGGCUAUCUAUUUCGUUUACAGCGUAUGGAUAAUAAAUUGCUUUAUGAAUCACCAAAUUCAUGGCAGAUUGCAAAAAUAAAACCUAAAUUACCGACGACGAUUACUAAGGAUGAUGUAAAGAUCAAAAAGAAUCCAAUUGAAACAUAUAUACAAACAAUGACACAAUACAUAGACAUACAAAUAGAUUACCAUUCACAAUCAUCAUCAUCAUCAUCAAAACAAUAA